AUGAGUUGUACCCCAGAAUCAUUGGUAGUUUGUACCCCCGAAUCGUUGUACCCCCGAAUUUUUGUACCCACGAAUUUUUUACCCCCGAAUCAUCAAUUUUGUACCCCUAAAUCAGUUGUACCCCCUUGUACCCCCGAAUCAUUGUACCCCCCGAAUUUUUUGCCAUUUCCGAGAUCCUUAGUCAGAAACACCACCAAACCCAUGAUAUGA